UAUCUGUCAAUAAUUUCCGUAUUAAUUAGAUUAUAAACGGUGAUUUUGGAAAACCCACGUGGAUUUUUACUAAGUUUACGGGGUUUUUGGGAGGAAGGUCUAUUUGCGCAUGCGCGAGUGGCCUCGACGCGCGUGCGUGUUGCAAACGUCAUGUCUAUUUCAGUAGUGCAAUCCCUCGCGCGAGAACACCCGCUGGAACGCACACUUCCAACAAUAAAUCAUACAAACCUGAAGAAAACAAAUUAUAUCAUAUUUUACUAUUAUGUUUCGGAGUCAUAUGUGUUCCUACUCAUGUCGAUCGCUAGGUUAACUCUCACUCCGCAGUGCCAUACAUUUUUAAAUAGAUAAACAAGUGAACACCGAAAUGCGGCAAUGCGACAUAGUCAUGGGGGAAUCGAUGCAGCCAGUAUUCUUUGAGGCCAAAUUGUCAAACAUUUAGUGUCAAAUAAUUAAAUAAGAUGGAACCGUUCAUAGACAGGAACAACUUCGCCAUCAGCGCGAUGAUGACAGUUGCCAUGCAAAUUCUGUUCUUCACGAUAGCGUCGCUAUUCCAGAGCGAUAAAGUGACGGACUUCACUGGCGGCGCUAACUUCAUCAUCAUUGCCUUGCUCACUUUCUUCCUCGGACAAGGUGGAAAUCACCUCAAAAACUACGAUAGUAGACAGCUGAUGGUGACCACAUUUGUGUGCCUCUGGGGAGUGCGUUUAUCUGGGUACCUGAUAUACAGAAUUUACCACAUCGGCCGUGACAAGCAAUUUGAAGACCGUAAGAGUAACACAUUGAGAUUUGCCGUCUUCUACAGCUUCCAAGCCUUCUGGGUUUUCAUCGUGAGUCUACCCGUUAUCAUUAUUAACUCGCCUCAUCACUCGUUUCCUAAAUCACCCAAAACUAUGACCACGCUUGACUCGGCCGGCGCGGGAGUAUUUAUAAUUGGUUUGUUAAUAGAAACAUACGCAGACCUACAAAAAUUUGCCUUUAGGCAAGACCCAGUGAACCAAGGCAAGUGGUGCAAUGACGGUCUGUGGGGUCUUUCCAGACAUCCUAAUUACUUCGGCGAGGUAGUACUCUGGUGGGGUAUAUUCAUUAUAUCGCUAAACGUUAUCGAAGGUAUCGAAUGGAUAGCUAUAUUAUCGCCAUUAUUCACUACGACUAUCAUAUUAUUCUUAUCUGGUAUACCGUUGCUAGAACGAUCGGCGGACGAAAAAUACCGUGAUAAUCCGGAUUACUUAUAUUAUAAAGCAUCCACGUCACCUCUGAUACCGAUACCUCCGGCCAUAUAUGUGGAAGUGCCGAAGUUUCUGAAGUGCAUAAUGUGCUGCGAAUUUCCUAUUUACGAUUCCACGAGCGACGACUUCCCAGUCCCCACGAUUGUGACGGAGACGACAAGCGUUUCAAUGGUUCAGUCUCAAACAUAGCUAACACACGCCGCGCGCGAGGAGGCCGCGGCGAAGCACGACCAUCGCUCACAGCACAACCACAAGCAAUUGUGAUACACGGCUGAUGACAGAACCGAACAGAAAAAACACCCCGUCUCGCUCCCGCUAAAACAGAACAACACCACCGAUAUGAACCUCUAUAAUAGUUAUAUGGAAAA